CAGCAGUAUGCCCGACAUUCAAACGGAAGCAGGCGCUACCAUUUUGAAACACAGCACCGCCUAGCGCCAUGGACAAGAGCCACACAGUGAAGCUCUUCGUGGGCAACCUGGCGUUGGACACCACCCAGGAGGAGCUGUCAGCCAUCUUCGAACCCUACGGCCAGGUGGUCAGCUGCAGCGUGCUGCGGCAGUUUGCCUUCGUCCACUUGCAGGGCGAGGGCGCCGCCGAGCGUGCCAUCCGGGAGCUCAAUGGGCGGGAGUUUCGCGGGAGGAAUUUGGUGGUGGAGGAGUCGAGGGGGAGGCCGUUGCACUCCACCAAGGUGUUUGUGGGGAAUCUGAGUGGGAUGUGCACCACCGAAGAUCUCCAGCAGCUCUUCCAGACGUUUGGGAAAGUUCUUGAGUGUGACAAAGUCAAAGCCAGGCAUUCCUCUUCUGCAGGCUACGCCUUUGUCCACAUGGAAAACAAGGAAGAUGCGCUCCAGGCUAUCGAGGCCCUGCAUGGCACCUCAUUUAAGGGCCGCCCCCUAUCCGUGGAGCUUUCCAAGGUCCAACCCAGCAAACAGGCACCUACAGGGAAAAUCCCCUGUGUUAACUGUGGAAAGCAGGGCCACUAUGCUGGAGAAUGCCCUGUGGGGAAGCCGUCUCUGGAGCAGUACCAGAGUCAGGCAGCGGUCUUGGCCGCCGCCGCCGCUGCAGCCGCCGGCCUUCCAUUACAGGUCCAACAAAGCGUUCACAAUUCAGUCUACAACACCUCCACGUUUGAUCCCACAUACGCAGCUCUCACUGGGAUCACCACAGGCACACGCACUGAUGGAAACCCAGUGAAUCCAGCUGUUUAUGGUGCCCUUGCCAGCCAGGUGUACGGUGCCAAUGUUGCCAGUCAGCUUUAUGGAACGGUAGCCAAUCAGGCAGCUCUUACAUCAGGCGCUACACAAGUAUACAGCUCGAUGACACCUAACAUCUACGGCCAGGUGGCUGCGAGUCCGGCGGCGGCCGCUGCAGCGGCAGCAGCAGCGGCUGCAUACUCAACUCCAGUUUACACUCCAACUAUGGCCAACCAGCAUGUCUAUCUGACUGCUCAUGGAUUAGAAAUGCCAACAGCAGCGGCUGCAGUCAACCCCGCCUACACUGUAGCUCCAGCAAUUUAUGGUGCUGCCACGCCAGCCUACGCUCAUAUAAGCACCAUGGGAGCAGCGGACCCUACCACAGCCCUCUUUGAGGCCGCCAGGCAGGCACAUUAUUUUGCUCAAGGCCAGCAUGUAGUGGCUGAGCAGCAGUCAGUAGCUGCAGCAGCGGCAGCAGCUGUGGCAAAGUCUGGGGAAAGGGACCGCAGUCCCCUACGGAGGUCGGCACCCCUUUUACCAGACCCUGUGAUGAAGCCUUUCAUUUACCAGAGAGCCAAGCCACGCCGACCCCUGCUCCCCACACCAGCGGGUCGAGCAGCGGAAGAAGCAGCAGAGGCUGCAGAGGACCCCAUGGCAAGGUACUAUGCCGAGUACUACCAGCAGCUGCAGCAGUACCCCCAGUUCCAGUAUGCCUACCCGCCCCCGAGCACAAUGGCAGCCCUCACUGGUAUGCCGGGAGUGUCUGCUGUGCAAGCAGUCCCUACUGUCUCCGCGAUGUCUGGCCACCCGGCCGCUACGCUGGACGCCCUCAGGCCAGUGGUCCCCACCGCUGCGGCAGUAGCAGCCGCCAUGGCUGCGCCCAGGGUGUAUGAGCCGCCGUUGCCGCCGCCCACGCGCAAGGAGGCCAUCCUCCGCCGCCCCGAACUCUCCCUUCACACGCCUGAGCCCCCCUUCCGAUAGUCGCACACAACUCUAUGCCCCCCUCCCACCCCUCCUUCUUUGCCCUAAACCUCACCCCUGACCCACCUCCUCUUCCACCCCAAACUUGACCACCUUACAGCAGCUGUAUGUGUGUGUACGUGAUUGAGUGUUUGCGUCUGGGGGCUCCACAGUAAGGGUGCGAGGUGGGGUUUGAAACCGGGGGCUUGGUUUAUUAACCUGCUUUACGAGGGACUUGAUCAGCUAACCUUGGUCCUGUUUGCAUACACACAGUGCAGCCAUGAAAGGGAGGCUCUCAUCUGUUGUACGGGCAUUCUUUGCGCUUCUCGGUUUUACUUUUUUAUUGUGCCAGUCUCACACUUGUGCCAGUAUUGGACUGAUCCACUCAGUCAUUUCAUAUGCCUUUAUUUCCGCAACCCAGUUAUGAUUUUCUAAGGCCAAAUCUACCAUAAAAGACAAUGGUUUAUUUAAACUAUUAGCCAUCCUCCUUUAGGCCUAGAUGAUCAUUUAGGGCAGCUAAUUUGAAACCUUUUUUGCCUUAUGUUGAAGAGUAUGUAAUGUAAUCAGAUGGGAAGUCAGAUAAACACAUAUUGUGUACUGGUUGUAUUGCAUGUGUCCAACAGAACCAAGGUUGAUGUGUUUUG